GUCGCAGAGGAGCUCGAUGAAGUGAAGUACAGCCAGCAGGAACUGCAGGCUUCUCGCGCCUUGGAGCAGGAGCGGCUGCAGGACUUGGAGGAGGUUCAGCAGCAGCUCAAGGAAGAACGCCGCUCCUCCUCUCAGAACGAAGACCGCGUUGAAGAGCUUCUGCGCUCAGAGCUGCGCAGCAAAGAGGCCUUCGAGAAGCAGGAGGCCGCUGUGGUCGAAGACAAGCAGCGGCUAAAUGCUGCAUACCGACAGCUGGAGCAGGCUCAUGCCGAGGAGCGUUCUUCCCGCGAGAAGGCGGAGGAGUUCCACCAGCAGGUGGCUGCGGAGACGCAGCUCCUGGCCGUCGAGCUUCUGAAGUUGCAGGCUUAA